AUGAUUUUUGGAAUUGGUGGUCCGGAAUUAAGGUUUGAAAGCAAAAUCAUUCCACUCCCGUUCGCAUCAUCAUACACCUCUUUGCCUCUUUGUUCUUGCUCAAGAAUCAAGAUACAAAAAAGCCACCCACCUGGUUCCAGAACCAAAAGAGAAGGGAAAUCUUCACCGGAGCUCCAGGAGCAAAACCCAUCAACGAAACCACCGACAAGAUUAGUAAGUUCCACUGGAUCAAUCACUUCACCACUAUUGUACAAAGAAGAAGGAGAUGUUUUGAGGAAGUUCUCGUUUUCAGAGCUCAAAAAUGCUACUAAUAAUUUUAACAGAUCGCAAUGGAUAAAAAAUGGUCAAUUCGGAAAUGUGUAUAAAGGGUUAAUUAAACCUGUUAAACCUGCUGGUGAUCAAGGUGCACAUCUCGUGUUGGUGGCCAUCACGAAACUUUACAAUCAUUCCAUGCAGGAGCAUAAAGAAUGGCUAUCAGGAGUUGAGUUUCUUGGUGUUGUGGAACACCCUAACCUUGUAAAGAUAUUGGGAUACUGUUUAGUAGACGAUGAAAAAGAGAGACAAAGUCAAAGAUUACUAGUUUACGAGUAUAUGCCAAACAAAAGCUUAGACUAUCAUCUCUUUAACACAACAUUGCCACCAAUUCCAUGGAUGAAAAGGCUACAAAUCCUCCUUGGUGCAGCCCAGGGUCUCGCUUAUCUUCAUCAGGGUUUAGAGACCCAGGUGCUAUUUGGUGACUUCAACUCGGGGGAUGUGUUGUUGGAUGAGAAUUUCAACCCAAAACUUUCAGAGUUUGGGCUUGAGAGAGGACAAGUACGCAACCUGUCAUACGUACGUACAGUGUCCUUUUAUGCUUCCCCGGAAUAUGUGCACUGUGGUCAUCUAAAGUCAAAUAGCGAUUCAUGGAGUUUUGGAAUUGUACUUUAUGAGAUUUUAUCGGGCAGAAGGGUUAUUGACAGAAACCUUCCACACUCUCAACAAAUGCUUACCAAAUGGGUGAAACAGUUCCCAGCCGAUAGCAAGAUAUUCUGUAUGAUGAUGGAUCCACGUCUAGAUAAUCAAUAUUCUCUUAGUGGGGCCCGAAAAGUUGCAAAAUUGGCUGACAGUUGCAUGCGAAAUAAUCCGGAAGAUCGACCAACGAUGAGUGAGAUAGUUGAUGUGUUACAAGAGUCAAUUAGAGACUCGGAAGAUGAAAGCCAGAAUCCGUUACCAGAGUCGUCUACAUGA